GAUAAUAGUUGGAGCACAAUGGGGGGGAGGGGGGAGCGCAAGCACCGGCCAAAUUGAGUCAAUGUGAGUUACCGCCUCAUUGUUAUUGAGUUAACACCACUACACCACCUGACUGAGAUGGUGGGCCAGACAUGUUCCAUCUGCCAGGGAGAGGCGAGUAAACGCUGUGGAGGCUGCCAUAUGGUCUCCUAUUGCGGAAAGGAACACCAGAAACAGGACUGGAUCAGGCACAAACUUUUGUGUAAACCUUUCAAGGUCUCUGAGGACAAGAUUUUAGGACGCCACCUGGUGGCCACUCGAGAUAUAAAAGCUGGCGAGGUGGUGUUGAGAGAGAGUCCUCUACUACAGGGUCCCAGCCAGGUGACCGGACCCGUAUGUCUCUCUUGCCUCCAGGCAAUCUCACAACACAACAGCGAGCCCUGUGACAAGUGUGGAUGGCCCUUGUGUCGCAAACCUUCCUGCCGCCAGUCAAAGCAGCACCUCCCAGAGUGCCGCUGGACUGUGGAGAAAAAGAAAUCACCAGUGAAGAUCAGCCACUUCGUCAGUCCGCAUCCAAGCUACGAGUGUAUAACAACACUACGGAUGUGUUAUGCGAGGGACAACAACCCCACUCUGUGGGAGAAAUUGAAGUCUCUUCAGUCCCACGUGGAAGAGAGGAGAGAAACCCAAAAGUACAAAGAGGACACCAGAUCGAUUGCUCAGUUCCUGCGGCGGUUUUACAAACUCGAAGAUGAAUUUUCAGACGAUGAAAUAAUGGAUAUCUGGGGAGUUAUUCAGGUGAAUGGUCACGAAGUACCUGUCAGCCACCCGUCACACGUGGCCGUCUACGACCUAUCAUCCAUGCUGGAACACAGUUGUCAUCCCAACUGCUCCAAGAGCUUCACCAACACCGGCAGCAUCGUGAUACGAGCCGUCGAUAGAAUCCCUGAAGGAGGUCAUCUCUCCAUAUGUUACACAGACAGUCUGUGGGGCACAGGCAACAGACAGUACCACCUCUUAGACACCAAGUUCUUCUCCUGCAAAUGCCCCAGAUGUGUGGAUCCCACGGAGCUUGGAACCUACUUCAGCGCUCUCAUUUGUGAAAAAAGCGAUUGCCGGGGUCCAGUUCUACCGGAGAAUCUGUGCUCCAUGACUUCGGACUCGGCCUGGACCUGUGCCCGGUGUAGUCACUCUCUGUCCGACCAGCAAGUCGAGGAUCUCCUGCAUCAAGCCGGGAACGAGCUGGCGACUCUGGCCUCACAAGAGGUUCAGGCCUCCUUCCGCUUCCUGGAGCGCUGGAACUCUCGCUUCCACCGCAACCACUACUACCUCACCGAGGUCGGCGUGGCUCUAGCGCAGAGGCUCGGCCAAGAGGGAGUCCAGACACUCUCAGAUCAACAUCUUCAAGCGAAAAUUGACCUCUGCCGGCAUCUUCUGGAACUGCUAGCAACAAUUGCUCCAGGAGAGUGUAGAUUACUGGGACUUCUGAACUUCGAGCUCCACGCGGCUCUGGCGGAACUGGGUCGCAGAAGUAUCCUCCGUGGUGCACCGGACAUCCAGCAAACAUUACUGGAAUCGAGAAGUUGUUUGGAAAGAACUAUAUACUUCCUUGAACAAGAACCCGACGUACUUCCAGAAGGCAAGGUUCUGGCGCAAGCAAGAGUGAACAAGAAAGAGCUUGACAGAACCCUGCAGAGCGUCCACAGCAUGACAUCCGGCAUUCCUGCAAUGUAGCAUCGUUACUCUGUGUGUACGUCCGGGCUGUGAUCAGUUACUGAGCAUUUUGUUUGUUACGAUUGUCAUUGUUGAAAUAAACUAUUAAACCAAU